AUGUCCACUGUUACUCUUACAAGCUCCGAUGGCGUUGACAUCACGGUCGACCGCGAUGUUGCCGAACGAUCGAUUCUUAUCAAGAACAUGCUGGAGGAUUUGGGCGAGUCGGAUGAGGCCAUUCCUAUUCCAAAUGUCAACGAGGUUGUGCUGAAGAAGGUCAUUGAAUGGUGCACUCAUCACAAGAACGACCCUCCCAGCACUGGUGAUGACGAUGACUCUCGCCGCAAGACUACCGAUAUCGAUGAGUGGGAUCAGAAGUUCAUGCAGGUCGACCAGGAGAUGUUGUUUGAAAUCAUCUUGGCUGCCAACUACCUCGAUAUCAAAGCUCUCUUGGAUGUCGGCUGCAAGACUGUUGCGAACAUGAUUAAGGGCAAGUCCCCCGAAGAGAUUCGCAAGACUUUCAACAUCCAGAACGAUUUCACUCCCGAGGAGGAGGAUCAAAUCCGCCGUGAGAACGAGUGGGCCGAGGAGUAA